GAGAACACCCCUGGCGUCAUCUACAUUGGACGUCUGCCGCACGGUUUCUUCGAGGCACAGAUGCGCGAGUACUUCAGCCAGUUCGGCGACAUCACCCACUUGAGAAUGGCACGCAACAAGCUUACCGGCCGUUCAAAGCACUACGCCUUCAUCGAGUUCGGAUCCGGCGCAGUCGCCGAGAUUGUAGCAAAGACCAUGGACAAGUACUUGCUGUUCGGCCAUCUUCUGCAGGUCAGACGUAUACCCGCCGAGCAAGUUCACGAGAAGCUGUGGAAGGGUGAGGGUGGCAGAUUCAAGGUCAUGCCGCGCAACAAGAUCGAGGGUGGCAUGUUGAAGAGAGGUACCACAAGAGAGGGCUGGGAGAAGAGGAUCGAAAGAGAGACCGAGGCCAGAACCAAGAAGGCCGCACAGCUCAAGGAGCUGGGCUACGACUUUCAG